CAGGAGGUCAGGUUUAUAUUAGGAAGGCCACAGGGGUGACUUCUUCCUGGGGUACUAGGGUCCCAGGACUAUGGACUGGUGUGUUCUUGGCUUCAUCUCUCCCUGUCAGCGCGCCGGCAGGGACAUUGCUUCCCGCUCAUGUUAAGGAGCAUUUUCUCUUCACUUCUCUUUCGGAAAGUCCGAAAUCACAAGUUGCUCUGCCCUCAAAUUUUAGCUGACAAAGGGGUGUGACGGCUGAAGCGGAACGCUGCCUGGAAGACAAAACACCGGCCCGGGAGCACGGCGGGAGUGCCGCUUGUCUCACUUGGUUCCGGGGAGAAUUCCUUUUCUUGUUUCCUCUCAUCAAAGGAAUGUCUUCACCCGGCCGACUUAAAGGUGGCUCCUCCCCGAUCACACCAGCUUCUCCGGGGGGACGGCUUAGGCGACGUCCCGGGAAGAGAAUCGAAACAGAAACCAGUAUCUCACCGAUUAGAAAAGCCGCCUGCGGAAGGCAGGACUCAAGACAGCUCUCUCCCAGGGUGUAGAGGCCUCGCCCGGGACCCCGCGCGCCGCGCAGAGUCCAAGGGAGCCUCGUCCUCGCCCUCGGCCCCGAACUCUCCGCAGCAGCAGCCCAGGCUCCGCCCACCUGCCCACCUGCCCACCUGCCAGGCUGUCCAGGUGCGACUGGGUUCUGGGCGCUGGCCUAGGGGCCUUGCCCGCGACUUCUUCGCCGUCGUUUGGAACAACGCUGCAGACUGAGCCUGCUUCCGCAGGGCAGCUGACAGAGGCGCAGUUACCUCACCUGUUCACCUUUCCGUGGAGGGAAUCCUCUCCCUUUUCCAAGGACUGAAGAUGUCGAAUGGUUAUUCCGCAGACAAGAAGUUCCUCUAUCUCCUCUCAUGCUUCCGGGCCAGAGUGAAAAUGUACAUCCAGGUGGAGCCUGUCCUGGACCACCUGACCUUUCUGCCUGCAGAUGUGAGGGAACAGAUCCACAGGACAGCCGACACUUCUGGGAAUGUGCAAGCAGUUGAACUGCUCCUGAGCACCUUGGAGAAGCAGAUCUGGCCCCAGGGCUGGGCUCGCGAGUUUGUGGAGGCCCUGAAGAGCGCUGGCAGCCGUUUAGCAGCCCGCUACCUGAAUCCUGAGCUCGCCGACCUGCCCUCGCCAUCAUUCGAGAACACUCAUGAUGAAUGCUUCCAACUGCUGAACCUCCUGCAGCCCACGCUGGUAGACAGCCUUCUAGUUCGAGAUGUCUUAGAUAAAUGCGUGGAGGAGGACCUGUUGACCACUGAAGACAGAAAUCGGAUCUCUGCUGCAGAAAACAAUGGGAAUGAGUCAGGGGUACGAGAACUACUAAAAAGGAUUGUGCAGAAAGAAAACUGGUUUUCCACAUUUCUGGAUGUUCUCCGUCAAACAGGAAAUGAUAAACUUGCGCAAGAGUUAACAGGCACCGAGUUCUUGGAGAGCAAUGCAGAGGCUGAAAAUGUAUCACAAGAAGAUGGUCCUGAAGUUCAAGAGCUGCUUUAUUCAACCGCAGAUCAGCCAAGUCCAGAGAAAGAGGGAUGGGACAUGGAGAACAAUUCAUCAGAGUCAUCCUUUGCAGAUUCUUCUGUGGUUUCAGAAUCAGACACAAGUUUGGCAGAAGGAAGUGUCAGCUGCUUAGAUGAAAGUCUUGGACAUAACAGCAACAUGGGCAGUGAUUCAGGCACCAUGGGAAGUGAUUCAGAUGAAGACAGUGCAGCAGUAAGAAGAUCCCCUGAGCCAGAGCUGCAGCUUAGGUCUUACCAAAUGGAAGUUGCCCAGCCAGCCUUGGAAGGGAAGAACAUCAUCAUCUGCCUUCCUACAGGGAGUGGGAAAACACGAGUGGCUGUUUUCAUUGCCAAGGAUCACUUGGACAAGAAGAAAAAGGAAUCUAAUCCAGGAAAAGUUAUAGUUCUUGUCAAUAAGGUACCAUUAGUUGAACAGCUCUUUCGCAAAGAAUUCAAACCGUUUUUGAAGAAAUGGUAUCGUGUUAUUGGAUUAAGUGGUGAUACCCAACUGAAAAUAUCAUUUCCAGAAGUUGUCAAAUCUCAUGAUGUUAUUAUCAGUACAGCCCAAAUUCUUGAAAACUCCCUUUUGAAUUUUGAAAAUGGAGAAGAUGCUGGUGUCCAAUUGUCAGACUUUUCCCUCCUUAUCAUUGAUGAAUGUCAUCAUACCAACAAAGAAGCAGUCUACAAUAACAUUAUGAGGCGUUAUUUGAAACAGAAGUUGAAAAAUAAUAGACUCAAGAAAGAAAACAAGCCAGUGAUUGCCCUACCUCAGAUUCUGGGACUAACAGCUUCACCUGGUGUUGGAGGAGCCAACAAGCAAGCCAAAGCCGAAGAACACAUUCUUAAAAUAUGUGCCAAUCUUGAUGCAUUUACCAUUAAAACCGUGAAAGAAAAUCUUGAUCAGCUCAAAGACCAAAUGAAGGAGCCAUGCAAGAAGUUUGCAAUUGCAGAUGACACCCGAGAGGAUCCAUUUAAAGAGAAGCUUCUAGAAAUAAUGACAAGGAUUCAAACUUAUUGCCAGAUGAGUCCAAUGUCAGAUUUUGGAACUCAACAUUAUGAACAAUGGGCCAUUCAAAUGGAAAAAAAAGCUGCAAAAGAAGGAAAUCGCAAAGACCGUGUGUGUGCAGAACACUUGAGGAAGUACAAUGAGGCCCUGCAAAUUAAUGACACAAUUCGGAUGAUUGAUGCAUAUAAUCACCUUGAAACUUUCUAUAAUAAUGAGAGAGAAAAGAAACUCGCAGUCCAAGAAGAUGCUAGUGAUGAGAGUGAUAAUGAUGAUUGUGGUGGCAAUGAAGAUAAUUUUAACAAACCAUUGGAACAGGAUGGGACAGAUAGAUUUCUUAUGGCAUUAUUUUUUGAAAACAAAAACAUGUUGAAAAAACUAGCUGACAACCCAGAACAUGAAAAUGAAAAGCUGAUCAAAUUAAGAAACACCAUAAUGGAACAAUACACGAGAACUGAGGAAUCAGCACGAGGAAUAAUUUUCACAAAAACACGGCAGAGUGCUUAUGCCCUUUCCCAGUGGAUUACUGAAAAUGAAAAAUUUGCAGAAGUAGGCGUUAAAGCCCACCAUCUUAUUGGAGCUGGUCACAGCAGUGAGUUCAAGCCCAUGACACAGAAUGAACAAAAAGAAGUCAUUAGUAAAUUUCGCACUGGAAAAAUAAAUCUGCUUAUAGCUACCACAGUGGCAGAAGAAGGUCUGGAUAUCAAAGAAUGUAAUGUCAUUAUUCGUUACGGUCUCGUCACUAAUGAAAUUGCCAUGGUCCAGGCCCGUGGUCGAGCCAGAGCUGAUGAGAGCACCUACAUCCUGGUUGGCUGCAGUGGCUCAGGAGUUGUUGAACGUGAGACAGUGAAUGAUUUUCGAGAGAAGAUGAUGUAUACAGCUAUACAUCGUGUUCAAAAUAUGAAACCAGAGGAGUAUGAGCAUAAGAUUUUGGAAUUACAGAUGCAAAGUAUAAUGGAAAUGAAAAUGAAAAUAAAGAGAAGUAUCGCAAAGCAUUACAAGGAAAAUCCAUCGUUAAUAACUUUCCUCUGCAAAAACUGCAGUGUGCCAGCCUGCUCUGGGGCAGAUAUCCAUGUGAUUGAGAAGAUGCAUCAUGUCAACAUGACACAAGAAUUCAAGAAACUCUACAUUGUGAGAGAAAGCAAAGCACAAAAGAAGAACUUUGCUGACUAUAAAACAAAUGGAGAGAUUAUCUGCAAAUGUGGCCAAGACUGGGGCACGAUGAUGGUACACAAAGGCUUAGAUUUGCCUUGUCUCAAAAUAAGGAAUUUUGUAGUAGUUUUCAAAACUAAUUCAGCAAAGAAACAAUACAAAAAGUGGGUUGAAUUACCUAUCACAUUUCCUGAUCUUGACUACUCAGAAUACUGUCUCUUAAGUGAUGAAGAUUAGCAUUUGAUUGAAGAUUCUCUUAAAUUAUUAUCACGUUAACAUGCAAUAUGAUUUGGAUCAAUGUUUUCAUUAUACUAUAGAACUGAUGUGAGUAUUAAUAAAAUUAUUGCUUUACUCUAUAUUGAGCUUUUUAAAAGAACAUAA